AUGAGAGCUGGAGGAAGAAUCGUUACUCCUCCACAAGAAGAGUUCCUCACAGAUCAACCGCUGUCUACUACAGCCGUCCAAGCCGCUAAUCUAAUGUUAUACGGUAAUAAUAAUACUACUCAGACCGCUCCUGUUAAGAAAGUGGUUAGAAGAAGGAAAAGAAAGGUGGGCAGUAAUAAUAAUGGUAACCCUCAAUAUAAUAUCAUAAGCGAAAACGAUAUGAUGUAUGAGGAUUGGACUAACCCUUCUUCGUAUGACGAAGAGAUUAUUAACCCUAGCCCUAGCCCUAAUGGUAAUCAAAUGGUCAGGUAUUUGCCCUCUGACGGUAAUAACAAACCAAUCGUGGUAAGAAGAAGAAGGAAAUUGCAGCAACCUCAGCCGGUUUAUGAAGAUGAAUACGGGUAUCCAUUAGAUCAAUCUUUUUCCAACCAUAGUAAUAGUCCUUACAUCGAUUCGAUGGAAAGCAACAGUAACAGCUAUAACAAUGAUUUCUCGCCAAUGGUGGUUCAAACCACUACUGUCACAAAAUACGUGCCUUCCAAGAAUGGGUUGAAACCUGUGAAAGUCACUAUUCAACAACGUCCUGUUAAGAAAAUUAUCAGAGCACCAAACGGUGUUAUUCCCAGUGGCAAUAGAUCGUUUUCCUACGUAAACGGCAAUGGCAACAUGAGACGUAUGAGAAAUGCAUACAUGCCACCUCACCCUCAUCCUGUCACAAGAUUCAUUAGUGAUAGCAAUAUGAGAUACCAAAAUAUGGUACCUCAAUUCUCUUACCCUUACCCUUCUCCUCCUUCAGGGGCCAUCAUGCCUCCUUCAAGAUCUAUCUCUUUACUUCAUCAACCUUAUUACGAUAAUCAAUAUGUAGAUCAAGAAUUCCCCCCACAAUUCCAACAAAACCUUAUUCCAAUCUCAAGUAGUAACGGUUCAGCUAAUGAACAAUUGGUUUAUGAAGAUGGUAGUGUUCCAAUUUAUGAAGAUACUCAAUAUUCAUAUCCUACUCCACCUCACCAAGCUUACUUCCAAGAUUUUAAUGAUAAUACUCAUAUUCCAACAGACAAUAAUAAUACUAAUGCACAAUAUUAUGACGAAUCAAUGGAUUCCUACGAGUUCGAACACACGCCAGACAUGACCACCGAUGAACAACAACGAUUAUUACAACAACGCCAUUACGAACAACAACAAACUACUAAUAUUCCAUCAAACCAAGAUAGAGAUAAAAUCUUAAAGAGAAAGCCAACCAUCGAAACUUUACCAAGCGAUUUCCCAAUGGAAUAUAACUCUUACGCAGAUGAUGUCAUUAUCGAUGAUUCUUUCCCUUCACCUCAAAGAGAUUAUUUAACUGAUACAAAUAUGUUAGAAAAUGAUUACCAAUUGGAAGAACAACAAUUGGUUCAAUUACAACAAAUGUCAAGGCAAAACUCUUCAAGAAACUUAAAUUUAGCAUCUUCCCAAAAUCCUUCUUCGUAUAAAAAUUACAUGAAUAAAAAUUCUCUGUUGUCUUCUCCUCCUCCUACAGGUAAUUCCCCAAGAAAUUCCAAUAUGAUUAGACAAAGGUUUAAUAAUAAAUCAAAUUUAUCCAAAAGGGAGUAUUUGAAAAAACAGCAGAUUGUCAAGAAGAAUAAAAAGAAGCCAACAAUCAUCUCUAAACGUAACCACCAUCACAAUCGUCAUUCGAAAUAUGAAACUUUGUCAGAAGCUUCUGAAUCACCUUCUGAAUUGGAAAGCGAAUCUGCAUCUGAUGAAGCAUCAGGCUCCGAUUCAGAAAUGUCCUACGAGUCUGAUUAUGUCUCUUCCCAAUCAGAUGAUGACGGUUCCGGAAGUGAAACUGAAUCUGAAACUGAAGUGGAAUCGAUUCAUAACAAACAUCGUCAUCGUCGUCAUCCUCAUCAUCAACAUGGUCGUACUUUAAAAAAAUCAGCUCGUAACUCGUCAUCCAAUUCGAGAAACAAUUUGUUGAAGAAAAAAUCUUCCAAGUCCACUGUUCAAUCGAAAAGAUUAAAUAGUCCUCAUCAUCAAUCUUAUUCUAGAAGAAGAAGAUCACAACUUCCAACUAAGCAUCGUAAAAAUCGUUCAUCGGCCUAUUAUGAUUCAGAGGUUACUAGUGAAGAUGAUGAUCAAAUAUCUAUUUCAGGCUCUGAAACCAGAAGUGAAACUGAGUCAUAUACUCAAUCUGGAUCUCAAUCUGAGUCUGAACUUGGCUCCGAACCAUCUCAAGAUGAUGAAGACGAAUAUAUUACCAAAGUCUUGAAAAAAGUAAACGAAAGAAAAUUGAAACAAAAACAGGAUAAUAAACAUGCACGUCUAUCUAAUGCGAAUGUUACCCCUGACUUACCUUAUAACGUCUUAAACACAAAGCCAAAAUCAAAAGUAAAGAAAAAUUCCAAAUCAGAUUUAUCUCGUAGCAAGAGUAAUGGUGACAAGAAAACUUCAAUAAGAACUUUGGAUCCAACUUUUGGUACAAUAGUAGAAAAUCCAAGACUAAACUCAAAUUCUACCUCAAAUUCAAGUUUAAUGAAAAGAAAGUCUACUUCGAAUUUGCAAACUAAAAAAUCUAUCAAUUCAAUGAGACAAGCUUCGAACCAAAACUUAAUUCCAAAGAUGAAGAGUACUACUUCUUUGAAAAAGACAAAAUCUUCAACAUUUACCAAUAACUAUGUUACCGAUUAUGAAAAUGAUGAUGAACAAAUAAGCAAGCCUGCCAGCUUACAAAAAUUAAGGCAAUUCAAAAGUGUUGCUAGACAACAAAAGACUCCAAGACCUCAACAACGUAGAAAGAAAGUUCAACCUGUUCCUGUUUUGAAACAACAGUCAUAUAACGUUAAAUCAACUUAUGAACCUUCAUCAAUUGAAGAUUCACCUUUAUCAAAGAAAAAAUCAAUGGUGAAAAAUACUCCAGCAUCAGUUAAAAAUUACAAGCCAAAACAAACAAAGAGGGAACCUGUACAAGCUUAUCCAAAUGAACAAAUUUAUAACGUUGGCACUAUUGAGAAAUUUAUCUACAACACAAAGGGUGUCCUUGCUGACAAUGUUAAUUCAGAAAUUAAAAAUGACACCACUUUCACUACAAUGGAGGAAAUAGAAACUACCCCAACUCCAGAACCUGAUUUUAGUCAGGAUAUUACUGUCAAUUUAAUGCAUGAGAAUGGUAUUUAUGAAGAUGAUACAAAUACAUAUCCUAUUAUGGCUUAUGAAGAUAAUACCAAAUCUGUAUCGAAGAUGAGGAAGAAUUACAAAUCUAAUAAAUCUAGCCGUCAAAGUAGUGUUAAAUCUUCUAAAAACAUUGUUCCACAACCAAGCUUAGAAUUGUAUGAUAAAGAUGCCAUAGAUGAUGAAGUUUUAGAAACACAGAGUCAUACUUCUCAAUCUACUUUUGCUAAAAAAUUACAAAACGCUCAUUAUUUCUCAUCUGAUAAUGAGAAUACUGAAAUUUUCCAAGAAGAUUUAGAAGAUAACGAAAACGUCGAAGAAAAUGCAACAAAUUCAGAUUUUAGUGGAUAUGUUUUUGAAAAGGAAAAUAAUGAUCAACUGUACGGUGAAGAAGAUGAUGAUCGUAUCUCUGAAGAAGAACAAGAAGAUGAUAGUGUACAGGUCAAAUCUUAUCCUGAUAAGCCAAUCCAAAAUAAGACUGAACAAGUUGGUAUAGAAGAAGAAGAGCAAGAAGAGCAAGAAGAAGAAUUUUUAGAAGAAUCAGAAAAUAUUGAAUUGUAUGAAGCUGAUCAAGUAAAGUAUGCUAGUGACAAUGUAAGUGCAAAUGAAGUUGAGAUUUUGCCUGAAGAAAUCGAACUUUCAGAUAAUCAAUCCACUUCUUCACAGGACACCUAUGAAUCCAACUCAGAACAAGAUGAAGAGGCUGAAGAGGAAGAUAACUUACUUGAACCUUAUGAAGAUGAGGAGCUAGCGAAUCAAGAUGAAAAUGACUUAAUUAUUGGUAAUGAAGGUGAACUCGGUCAAGAGGAAGAAGAGGAGGGUGUUGAUGAAGAAUAUUCAGAACAAGUAAGUGAGCAUGAUACACUAAAUAGGCAAGACCAUAUAAAUUCACCUGAGGAUGAAUAUGAAAGUAAAUCAAUUAAUUACGAAUCCCAACAUUCUAAAAAAGAUGAAUUUGACACUGAGGAUGAAAUUGAAUUGUCUGAAGCAGCUUCUAAAAAUACUACUAAUGAAUCUAUGGAAGAUGAGCUAAUGCAAGGGAAUAUCAUGGAACCUGAACAGUUGCAUACAAUGGAAAAAAUUGAAAGGUUAGUCCUCUCGGAUGACAACUUUGAUAUAGAAAAUACUAACCAUCUAGCUAACUUUGUUACCAGAGAAGAUUCUAAAUCAGCUCCAAAUGAUAGUACUGACGAAUUAUUUUCUCCAAAGCUAAUUAGCACACCGGAAACACCUGCUACUACCAUUGAGAAUUUUCAUAAUGAAAGUAACAGUAAGAAAUUAGGCAAGGAGGUACCAACAAAUAUGCACAAUUCGAAUCCCACUACUUAUGUUCGAAAGCACUCUAGGGCACCUUCGCAUCGUAGAGUAUCCAGUAAAAAAAUUAGCGGGGAAACUAUUGUUAGUAUGAAUUCAAAUAAAAAUAAUAUUGAUCAAGCAAUGUAUGCUACCAGUGAUCUUCUUCAACCGGUUAUUGCUAAGAAAGCGCAUUCUAGAAAACCAUCAACUAAUACUAUCGGUUCCCGUAACGCUGUAACUGAAGAUAACUCUACAAUGGCAUCUUCUGAAAGUAAAUAUAUGAGUCCAACAAAUAGUACAAGCGAAUAUGCCUCUCCUUCUUCGAUGAAAUCACCUGGCUCAGUUGGUUAUGAAAUUUACGAAGCGGAAGUUCACGAAGUAUCUAAAAAGGAUGUAAAUAACGCUAAAUUUGUUAAUGACGAUGAAGAAUACUAUCAUAAUGUUAAUAUGAACGAUGAAUCUUUAGACUACGAGGAAAAUCCUGCAAAUGAAGAAUUUGAUAUCUCUAAUAUUUCUGAAAUUAAAAAUAGUUCUAAUACUAAUAGCGUUAUUCAUAAAGAUAUUAAACCUAGAGCAACAUCUUAUCAGCAACUAGCACAUCAGAAUAAAUUACAAAAAGCAUUCAGUAUAACCGAAUCUGAGUCUGGGGAUCAAAGUAACCUAAACGCCUCUCAUGUAUCCAUUAAUCCUGAAAGUGACAACAUUACAGUUGAAUCUGGUUAUAACGCAUUUGUUGAUGUUGUAGAUAAUCUAACACUGGUUACUGAUCGAAAUAUUGAAAGUAAACCCAAUAAAAGCCGUGUACCAAGUAAUAUAUCAAAGAAAACUAUCGAAGAAUCUUCUAAACCUUCAUUGAACAAAAAUGUGAAGAAAAAUUCAAAUUUUGGUAAGAAAUUAGCUAAGAAAUCACCAAAGAAGUCCUUUACAAAAGCUCCUGUUAAAGCCUUAAAGCAUCCUACGACUCCAAUUAAUGAGACAAUUAAAAACUCUGCUUACCCAACUGCUCCAGUUAUUGAUGACUAUGACAUGAAUGAGUCUGAUAUCCAAGAUGUAAUUACUGCAGAUAUUGCGGAGGCUAAUAGUGAUGAAUAUGGAACUUCUAUGUUUAACACUAGUGAUUUAAAUUUAAUUAAUAAAGUUAGCCAAACUGAACCGCUUGAAAUUAGUUCACCAAAACGAAAGAUCACUACCAAUAAUGACCAUCCUGCCACUAAUUCUCUUAAUAUUAAACAUAAGGAACUUCAAGCAAGUAUGACAUCUUUAGAUAAAUUAAAAAAAUCAAUUGAGAAAGCUAGGAUGGUUGCAUCCAAUGGUGUUGAUGCAGAUACAAGUGUUUAUUCGAAUGAUGAUCUUUUAGUAAACUCAAGUUUGGUUAGAGAAGAUCUACCUCAAAGGUCAAAAACUAUGAAUAGUGUUACUAGAUCCAAAAAAGAAAAGUUAAAACCCAAGUUUAAAUCUAAAUCUAUUAGCGAUAUUGAUGUGAAAGAAAUAAAUAAUAUGAGACAUUUUACACCACCUCCAAGAUCAAUGCAAAGACCCACUUCAGGCGUUGUUUCUAUGCGUGAUGUUAAUGAAAUGGAAACAUAUAAUGAGAUGUAUCCUAAUUACAAUCAAGAUAAUAUGAAUAUCAACACUGAUAACAGUGACGAAGUAAUGGAACAACCAAAAAGUGGGAAAACAAAGAAUAUAUUUAAACCAUUUAAGACGAUGGUUAAUAAUAUGAAUGCGAAUAUAGCAGCAGCUCAAGAAAGAAACCGUCAAUAUCAAUAUGAAGAUGAAUAUUAUGAUAAUCGUAAUUAUGUAUAUGAUGAUGAUGAAAUUAUGGGAAACGAAUUUCAAAAUGAUAAUGCUGAAACAAGUUCUUUUGAGCGAAUGAAUAAAAAUAUCGACUCUAACAGUGAUGUCGUUUAUGCUGAUAAUAUUAAUGUUAAAAGAAAAAGUAGUAAAUUUGGUUCGUUUAAAAGAUUAGGGCAAAUCAAUGAAGAAUAUGAUACUGCAUAUAAUAACAAGCCAAGACCAAGAAAUACAUUUUUAAGCUACAGUGAUUGGAAAGCCCAAUUAUAUGAAGAUAAUCCGGAAUAUCUAGAAAAUAAACCGACACUAAAAAAUAUUUUCAAGUCCAUGAAGAAGAAUAAAAAUGAAGCGUAUGAAGAAGAGCUUGAAGCGUAUGAAGAUCCAGAUAUCAAUUAUGAUGAAGGUGUCGAUGUUGGGUAUGAUGAUGCAAGGAAAAGUCCAGGUAAAUUAGGUCACAAAUUUAAAAUGAUGUUUAAAAAGUGA